AAUCUCGAGUUAACUAUCGACAUUAUGCAAUUAAUCGCGAUUAAAAUUUUUAAUCGUUUGACAGCACUACUCAGGACAUUUAGAGGAAAACGGUUUAUUUAAAAGAUUUUUCCUACUUCGUUUAACUAGCAUCACUAGGACAGGAACACGUUUCUACACAGGAAUAAGAUGAUUUUUAAUUAUUGCUUUUAGUUAAGAUAGUGAUAUUAUUGAUGUUACAACAAGUAGUAACCCAUAAUGAUUUAUUGUUUGUUAAAGAAUGAUAAAAGGGGAACAGGGACCUCUAGAAACACUCAGCAUUGUGUUCCAGGCUUCCAGCAGUGUUGCCAGAUCUGCUUAAUAUCAGCGACUUUGAGCUUUUUAACCCAAAGAUAAAAAACAAACUCAGGAAUCUUUUGCACAGGAGACAGAGAGCAUCUAACAGCCUGUGUGUACUGACCGUGUCCCCCACUACUCCUAUAGGUGAAAUAAAUGCAGAUCCUGAUUCCUGGCCUGAGUGGUGUCCUUCAUUUUAAACCAGCCAGAUUAAAGCUGCUACACUUUGUCCUGCAGGGAGGACAGAGAACACCUGCAGGUCUACCUGAGGGUCCGGCCUUUCACCUUAGCAGAGCGCAGCGCCGGACUGAGUCACUAUAGAACCAUCGGAUUCGGUUCUGCUCAAACCUCCCAGCCUGUCCCUGCUGGCCCGACUCAGCAGAGAUAAGUCCCUUCCUCAGGCGGGCCGGCGCUUCCAGUUCUCCAAGGUUUACGGGCCGGAGACAACGCAGGCGGAGCUGUUUGACGGCGCCGUCAGAGAUCUGGUCCAGGAUGUCCUGGGAGGAGGAAACUCUCUGGGAAGACCUUCAUCUUCCUCGGUACCGCCCGGCCCGCCGCCUCAGGAGAGAUGGUGAAGCUCCAAAGAGGAGCCAGGCUGAACGCAGGAGGUGGCAGGAGGAGAAGCUGUCUCUGAUUGGUCAAGCCAAAGAGGCAGAAGACAAGAGGAACCAGGAAAUUAGGAAGUUUGCAGAAGACCGAGAGCGCUACUGCCGCCAGCAGAGCCUCUUAGAGUCCAAGCUGCUGGAGAAGGAGGCGGCCAUGGAGAGCUGGAGGAAGGAGAGGGACGCCCUGGUUGCUGCCCUGGAGGUGCAGCUGCAGAAGCUGCUGUCCAGCCAAGCAGAGAAAGACAAAGUCAUCAAGGAGCUGAGUGAGCAGAGCUCAAAGCAGCCAGCAGAGGGUAAAGAUGGCGCCGUGUCUCACCAUGUGGCAGAGCUGCAGGUCGCUCUGAUGGAGAAGGAGGCGCAGGUCCUGCAGCUGAAGGAGGAGCUGGAGGCGACCGCCAGCAAAGGGGACGGCGCUCCAACACGGGUCAGAACCUCCUUCACUAGUCGGACAUUUCCCAGAGCGGCUCGUCGAGGUUCUGCUGUCAUUUAUAGACGCAGCAGGUUGUUCUGACUUUGUUUGCCCCCCAGUUGG